GAUGGCGCCCAAAGUUGACUGUAUUUCCUUGAAGGCAUAUGUAGUUCUUAGGAGUCUUAUUCGCCAAUUUAUGGCCAUGCCCAUUCGGUCUUGAGGAUAAUGUCUUAGACGUUUAUUUUGGUGAACUAGCAAAAGAUAUUGCGUAUCACUAUGAGGUUAAACGAACGUUGUGUUGCUGAGUUUUCUACUUCCUCAGCUCCAAUCGACAAAGAAGGCUUUCUCAAUAAGAAGGGCGAAGUAAAUCGAGGAUAUCAGCGACGUUGGUUUAUUUUAAAGGGAAAUCUUUUGUAUUAUUUUGAGAAGAGAUCUGACAAAGAGCCCAUCGGAGUGAUUGUGUUGGAUAAUUGUCACGUUGAGUUAGCAGAAAGUGGAGAACCAUACGCAUUUCAGAUAACUUUUGGCGGAGAUGGGUCCAGGACUUAUAUUCUUGGUGCUGAUACACCGAAAGAAAUGGAAUCUUGGAUGAGAGCGAUCACUCAUUCGAAUUAUGAGUACUUGAGAAUGAUGGUAGAGUCCUUUGAAAGCACGUUAGCAAAAUUAACUUCGGAUGACCUAGUUAGUUCGAGCUCAAGUGACGGUUCAAAUAUUUCCAGAGCCUCAGGCCUUACUGUGGUAAAUACUGAAGGACAAAGGUCGAACGCUGAUCCAACUUUUGAGAUUCCUAGUUCGAUUGGGAAAGAAAAGCUUGGUGUUGAGUACAGAGAUGGGCUGGAUGAUAUUAAACUUAAAAAGAAGCUGGAUGUUCCUGUUUCUUCUUCAGAAAUUGGCCGCAGUGACAUCUCUGGUGAUGCUAUUGUCAAUAGAUCCGGAUCAAUAGUUGGUAAUCUGAUCAAUCUUGAUGACGAUGAUGAUGAUCAGAUUCCAAUUCAGAAUGAGUUUGCACUUGACGAGGGCUUUUAUUCAUUCCAUAAACACUCCACUCAGCUGAUGCCAUUAAGCUAUUCAGACCUGGAGCGCCUAGAGGAUAUGCACAAUGAUGAUUUGUUAUGUAGAUUGUCAGGAAAUAUGCCCUCCAGAAGUAGAGAUGACUCUGAUUUGAUUAGAAGGGUUAAACGUGAAGAAUUGUCCCGACAACAGAGACCCAAAUCUGAACGUAGGAGAAAUAAUAUUGGCACCAUGUAUCACAAUAUUGAAACUAAAGAAAGUUUGGAAAGGGAAAAAUCUAGAUCCCUGCCUAGAUCUGGAAAUCAAGUAGAUGAUACAGGUUAUCAUCCAGAGCAUGGAAGUGUCUUCAAAUUUCUGCAUGAACAUUACAGUGCAUCAAUCUGGGUGAAAUGUAAGGAAUUAUGGGGACAAGAUAAUGUCAGACCACCAGUGCAGCAAUGAAGAUGAAAAGUCAAUAUCUUAGUAAUAAGCAUUAUGGUUGGAUAACAAUCAAAUUAAGAAGAGAUUGUAAUAAAAAAUCAUAAUCCAGAAAGAUAAAGUUGAACCAAUAUGAAAUUUCUAGAGAUACACAUUUGAAUCCUGGUGAUUGCAUUUUUUUGUCAAUAAGACAUUCUUGUCCUUGAACAAACUUUCCCAUUACUGUGAGGAAAAUUUUCACAGAGAUGAAUAUUGAUAUUUUUUUAAAGAAAAAGGUGGCAUUAUACCUAGAGUAAGAUAGAAUUUAUGAAAGCUCAGUGCUACCAAAUAAUCCAUAAAAAUAUGUUCUUACCAAUUUUUGUAACUACACUUAAUUGAGAUAUUCAUUGUAAAGGAAAUUACUACUUUAAUGACAAUGAGUAAAUAUCUUUUAAAAAGCAAUUUCGUUUCAGUCGGGUUCUUUGAGUCUUGGAUCUUAUACUUCCUUUGAGAUAAUAUUCUCUACCUAUUUAACUUUGACUAAGCUUGAUGAUAGAAUAAUUUUAGAAGGUUAUGCUCAAAUUUAAUUUUUUUUGAGUAUCAAUGUUAGUACAUUUCCAUACAUUGUGAACUUGUUAUCUUGUUAACCCUCUAGCUCCCUGUUUCAGCAAUCUGUGCUAUUUUUGAAGGGCUGAAAGUAUAAUACAUAUUAAGGGUGCAGAGCACCAUAUAUUUUAGUAGGGGGGGGCAAUCAGUCAUGAAGCCUAGUGAUUGUAAGAAAGUAGAAUGUGUAAGUGAAGAAGAUUAAUUUUCUACUUUUAGCUGUGUUCUUUGAAUAAAAAAUUACAGGUACCAGAGGCAAAAUUAAA